CUGAGCAUAGUAAUGCUCCCACCCUUGAUGCUGGAGCUCACUUCAACCACACAUUGUUCCUGCACAGCAAGGACUCAGCAUUCUACCUCUGUUCAGUGAAUGAGCUAAUACGUCAAGAGGUUACAUUGCACUUCUAAUAAUCCAAAGUUCAGAAAAGCCGUAGGAAUUUGAGAGCCGAUUACUCACUUUGACACACAGAAGGAACAAGACGACUUUAACUUCUUGUUGAUUUUUUUGGCCUUUUUAAGGACUCUUUCUAGAAAACUUUGCCAGGAUUUUAUUUGUAUUGACGAUAUCAGGUGAUUUAUGAAGGUGUGACAUUUUGUGAGUCAGGAUUCUCAUUACAUAUGUAAUGGGAGAAAACUAAUUCAGCAGGUGCUAGAACAACGUAUUUUUUUUGUUUUGCACAUACGAGUAUUCUGAAGGAACCUUCCAACAACAGGAUUUAGUGCCAUUAACAUUAAGCCACGUUGUGGAGUUCUGGUUGUACAAAACAAUGGCAUUUGGUGACCUCCUAGAGCUGGUGGGCAGCACGGGACGCUUCCAGAUCCUGCAUGUGACCCUCCUCUGCAUACCUGUCCUGAUGAUGGCCAGUCACAACCUAUUGCAGAACUUUGUCGCUGCGGUGCCUCAUCACUACUGCAGCGCACACACAAACCUUUCUCAGUCCCAGCUGAGUCCUGAGGAAACCCUGCUGAUCACAGUGCCGCUAGGCCAGACAGGGAAGCCAGAGAGGUGCAAGCGUUAUGUUGCUCCACAGUGGCACCUCCUGGCUAAGAAUGGGACCUCCAGUUCAGGGGAGCAGGGAGACACUAAGGAUGGUUUGGAUGUUGAUUUGCAGGGAUGCACAGAUGGAUGGUCCUAUAACAUGACUGAGAGGAGCUCCACGAUUAUAUCUGAUUGGCAUUUGGUGUGUGAUAUGCGCUCUUUGAAGCAAAUGGGACAAACCGUCUACAUGGGAGGUGUGCUUGUGGGAGCGCUUGUCUUUGGAGGCCUUUCAGACAGAUAUGGUCGACGCAUCCUCCUGCUCAUCUCUAACCUGCUGAUGGCAGUGGCAGGAACAUGUGCUGCUUUCUCGUCCUCCUUCCCCCUCUUCUGCCUGUUCCGGUUUGGUUGUGGCAUGGCUCUGUCUGGCAUUGGGCUCAACAGCUUCUCGCUCAUUGUGGAGUGGAUCCCCACUCGUGUGCGAACUGUGGUGGGGACAAUAACAGGCUACUGUUACACAGUGGGACAGUUGAUCCUGGCUUUAUUAGCCUACUUCAUCCGUGACUGGAGGUGGUUAACCCUGGCUGUGUCUUUGCCCUUCUAUGUCUUCUUCCUCAUCUCAUGGUGGUUUCAUGAAUCUUCAAGAUGGCUAGUCCUGAGUAAUAAGUCUGAGAAAGCCAUUGAGAACCUUAAAAGCGUGGCCAAAUUUAACGGACGCCAUGAAGAGGGAGAAAAAAUUGACAUUAAAAUGCUGCAGGAGUCCAUGAAGAAAGAGAUGUCCUGUUCGCAGGGCUCCUACUCUGUCCUGGAUCUGUUCCGCACACCCACAAUGAGGACGACGACAGUCUGCCUCAGUGCUGUCUGGUUAUCAACGAGCUUUGCCUACUAUGGUCUUUCUAUGGAUCUGCAAAAGUUUGGGGUGGACAUCUACUUAAUCCAAGUGAUCUUCGGAGCUGUUGACAUCCCUGCUAAAGUUGUCAUAACUGUAUCUAUGAGUCUUCUUGGACGGCGUUCAUCACAGUGUGGUGCUCUCAUCGUUGCUGGAGUCACUAUUUUGAUCAACCUGUUGGUACCUUAUGAUAAACAGACUGUGCGCACCUGUCUGGCUGUAGUGGGUAAAGGUUGCCUCGCUGCCUCCUUCAACUGCUGCUACCUUUACUCUGGAGAACUGUACCCAACCAUCAUUCGUCAGAAUGGCAUGGGCUGGGUAUCCAUGAUGGCUCGUAUAGGAGCCAUGGUGGCCCCCAUGGUGCUUCUCUCAGGGGACUAUAUACGUUGGCUACCAGGUUUAAUCUACGGAGGAGCUCCAAUUCUCAGUGGAGUGGCUGCAAUAUUUCUUCCAGAAACACUUGGCUCACCCCUUCCUGAUACAAUACAAGACAUGGAGGACAGAGGUUCUGGGAGACGCUCCAAAAUGCCACCAAAGGAAACAAUAAUCUUGCAAGACACGCAGGCAAAUCUUCUAAAGCAGGCUGCCUGAGGGCAUCUGUAUUGUACUCCUAAUGUUUUUGCUGACAUGUUAAUGAAAGUAAAGUAGGUACUGCUUUUUUUCUGUCCUGUUUAGUUGUUUGAUUUCCAUAAAGAGUUUAUUGCAUCUCAUGACUGCUGGACAAAUGGAGUUGCAAUGUUAUUUUUGGACAGGUCAAUACAGUGAAAUUUAUAGCAGCAAACAAUCCCAUGUUAGCUUUGAGGACUUUAGUCUGACUUUGGACCAAAUAUGUUUUAUAUUUUACAUAUCUGAGCCAGUAUAUAUAUAGCGCCAGUUCAUAACAGAAGUUAUCUCAUUGCACUUUUCCAAUAGAGCAGGUCUAGGUUAAUGGCUAUGCUAUGCUUUCACUGGUGUUUUUAUAACUUUUUAUUGCUUUAUAUACAACCCUGUAUUUGUGAACAAAAAUGUACUUUCUUUAAAAUCAACACCUCUUCAUUCA